CUCGAACGGAGCAUUUCGCCGCUGCAAGCGCCGGCGCAACUUGGCAGCUCUUUCGAGCCCGGGGGCUCUCCGCUGGGGCCCCGAUUAGCUUCUGAUGAUUGUUCGCAGACCAGGGGUUCGACAUGCGCUCGGAGCUCGAGAGCGAUGUUUCGGGAUCUCACACGUCUCUCGGCCAUGGGAGGCCUACUCCCUCGCCUCUGCAUGUAAGUCAAACGUGCGUCAGGCCCGACUGCCAUCACUCAUCUGAGAUCGCAAGGCAAGCGAAGCCGGCGAUCCGAAUUUGUUCCAUUGUUGCUCUUCCGUCGGGCAUUGAUCCAGUGCGACAUCCUUCGCUCAUUCCGUCACCUGAGCACCUUGCUUAGCCUCUGGACUCAGCCACUGCUCGGCGCCAUGAAAGCGCAGUAGUCCUCAGAUUAGCCCCGCACAGAGUAAAGUAUCUGCAGGCCGGCAGGGGAAGUAAACAUUCACAUACAUGGGAGCUCGGAAUUAGGGAAACGUGUUCAGCUUCGUAAGAGUAACCGAGUGAAUGAAUAAGAGCGCGCAUUUGACUGCUGCUCGAGUUGACACGCACUUAAAUAAUAAGUUCUGACCCUUAUGAGCCCCAAGAGUGGGCUCGGAGUGCGUAGAAAAUUCAUUGCAGGUUACUUUUGGUCAAAGAAUGUCAAACUGUCUCAAUCGUACCGAAAAAUUCAAUAAAUCCCAUAAAAAUUGAAUCAAUCGUC